ACCCUGGAAAAAAUUCCCUAAAUUGAUAGCUAAAUUCCCAUACCCAUCUUGAUGUAGGUUUCAAUUUCACAGAGAAUGUAGAUUGAAGCUUCAACAAAGAGAUGGAUCCGGGGGUGUGGUACGAUACGAAGCCUGCAAAGGUCUCAAAAAGGGUUUGGUUAGUAAUUAACAAAUCAAUGGGACUCCUCGUGGGUGGGAAUCACACCUCCUCCAGGUUUUGCACUCGCUAAUCUUUUCGCUUAUUCUCAGCUUGGCUUUUUUACACUCCCUGUUUUGAAAAUUAUUUUCCAGAAACAAUAUUCUCAGUUUCAAUCUCUGCGAAGAGAUUAUUCGAUACCGAAUCGAUCGGUUUUGCUUGGUUUGUUCUUUCCGAAUUGUGUGAAAGAAAAGAGCUCAAAUGAAGCUCGUGAAACUCCAGAUCCUUCAUGGAUCUCUAGCCCGGCGCGUGUUUUUCCGCGCUUUCUUUAUCGCCGCGGCUAUGUCUAUUAUUCCGUUGGUUCACAUUUUAUCCGGGUCUUACCUGAAAAUGUUUAACUAUGUGAGCACUAUUGACUGUGCAUCCGAAUAUGGCGGGGACAAUGUCAACUUGGACCCGGGCAAGUUCAUGUUUCAGACCCGGUUUCUGAAUCCCAUUUGGGGCGCUUUCGAUGCCGAGAAGUGCAAGCAAGAUGUGAACUUGACUGUAACGGUGGUCAGAGAGCUAAUGGGCAAGCAGCUUUUGAAUGGCGAUAAGGCUCUCUGUGUUGGUGAAGGAUCAGCCUCGGCCGUGAUGGCUUUGCAAGAUUUGGGGUUUCCUAAUGCCCGUGGUGUUUAUGAGCACAGAUUCUUCUCCCUCAAGCACAAACAGUUUGUGUAUGAGAUUGACUAUGAGGACAAGUCUUUUGACUUCGUGUUCUGUAGGGAUCUAGACAAGGUUUCUGUCCCUGCUCUGCUUGUGCUCGAGAUUGAGCGUGUUCUUAGCCCAGGUGGAAUUGGGGCUAUGCUUGUUGGUAGCAGUGGUUUGGCUCCGAAUAGCCUGAUACGGUCUGCUACCCCAAUUUCUUCAUUGUUGAAGAGUUCCAGUAUCGUGCACGUUAAUUAUAUCAGCAAUUUCACACUGGUUGUGUUCAGGAAGAGUUACGAAAAUGCUGGUCUAUUUGAGCAGUAUCGCCUUCCGGCGGACUGCCAAUCCCUCACGAACAAUAGACCUUUCAUUGAGAAAAUGGAGCCUCUUGUGAUGGAGAAGUCUUUGGAGGAUGGAGGAAUGGUUACUUAUCUGCCUAAUGUUAUUGAUGUUUCCUCAAAAAAGCGGUUGGUCUAUAUCGAUAUUGGGGCAGCAGAGCAUCUGAAAUCAAAUGUCACAAACUGGUUCCUGCCUUCUUAUCCGAUUACACACAAAGCUUUCCAUGUUUAUUUUGUUGACCACAACACUACUGUGCUAUUGUCCUAUGUCAAGAAGCCGGGAAUCACCUUUGUUUAUCAUCCAGGGCUGGCUGGAAUCAAGGACAAGAGCAGUGUUAACAUUGAAGGAGAAGCAGAUCCAUAUGUUGCAGAUGAAGGAUUUGAUUUUCUUGAUUGGUUCAAAGAAACAGUGCAGCAUGCCGAGUUUGUGGUGCUUAAGAUGAAUGCAGGCAAUGUUGAAUUGAAGUUCCUGAGGGAUCUAUUUGAGAGUGGAGCCAUAUGCUUUGUCGACGAGCUCUUUCUUCACUGCUCUGGCAACAUAGACGGGGAAGGUCCAAUGCCAAUAGAUUGUAUGGACAUCUUCAAGAGCCUCCGAAGCAGUGGUGUGUAUGUGCAUCAGUGGUGGGGGGAAGACAACCCCGUCGAAGUUCUGUGAUGGUGACGUGUUUGAUCGAUCAUCUCCAUGAUGUGAUGGUGUUGUUUAACUAGUAAGUUAUUAUUGCUUUUAUGGUUGGGGCAAUAAUUAUUAAGCUAAAUAAGCAACCACUGUUGUGUUUUGUGUAGUGUUUGGUGUUUAAGGAUGUCUUAUAGGAUGAAAAAAAAUCCGAGACUCCCACCAUUGUGUUGUUGUAGCUUUGUUGUGGUUGGUUGGUUGGCCUAUUUGAGCUUUCCAGCUUAACAAUAAGUUAUUAAUCGUUUGAUGUGUACUUGUUCUUUAUAUGGUUUUGCCUUCAAUUAUUGUUUGCUUCAUUU